CAGUAACGCAAAGUUCGCCGUCUUUUCGAGAAGAAACGUUUGUUGUGGCUUUGGGAGCAGCAGCAGCAGAAGAAGAGGGAAUCUGGGGUUUUUCAAGGAUCCUGUGUUUUGGACGUGAGAUUUCCUGUUUUCUCAGCUCACCCCGGGAAUAAAUACGGCUGAAUGGCUGCUGUCUGCUGGUUGUUGAUCCACUGUCUCCUCUUCGCUUCCUCCUCAGCUCACAAUGACUUCUUCACCUCCAUCGGUCAAAUGACCGACCUGCUGUUCACGGAAAAAGACCUGGUCACGUCUCUGAAGGACUACAUCAGAGCAGAGGAGAACAAACUGGAGCAAAUCAAAAAAUGGGCUGAUAAACUGGACGUCCUCUCAGCUGCUGCCACUCAGGACCCUGAAGGUUUCCUGGGACACCCGGUGAACGCCUUCAAACUGAUGAAGAGACUUAACACAGAGUGGGCGGAGCUGGAGAGUCUGGUGCUGACUGACAUGUCUGACGUGUUCAUCUCCAACCUCACCAUCCAGAGGCAGCACUUCCCCAACGAUGACGACCAGACCGGAGCUGCCAAAGCUCUGAUGAGGCUGCAGGACACCUACCAGUUGGACACCAACAUCAUCUCCACCGGAGAGCUGCCAGGCUCGUCCUUGGGCGCCUCGCACCAGAGUGCCCUGACAGUGGACGACUGCUACGACCUUGGGAAGGUGGCGUACUCGGAGGCUGACUACUACCACACAGAGCUGUGGAUGGUCCAGGCCCUAAAGCAGCUGGAUGAGGGAGAGACAUCCAGCACCGUGGACGCCAUCACCAUCCUGGACUACCUGAGCUACUCGGUCUAUCAGCAGGGGGAGCUGGAGAGAGCGCUGGAGUUCACCAGGAGGCUGCUGGAGCUCGAUCCGACGCACCAGCGAGCCAACGGUAACCUGAAGUACUUUGAGUACCAGCUGGCCAAACAGAAAAAGGUGGAGGGGAGAGAGGAGGGUGAGGAGGCUGAGGGAAGGGGACAGAAGGGGGGGACCCGAGGUCGACCUGACGACUACCUGCCGGAGAGGAAGAAGUACGAAGAGCUGUGUCGCGGCGAGGGCAUCAGGAUGACUCCUCGCAGGCAGAGCCGCCUCUUCUGCCGUUACUACGACAACAACCGCCACCCAAGGUACGUGAUCGGUCCGGUGAAGGAGGAGGACGAGUGGGACCGGCCCCGCAUCGUCCGGUAUCACGACAUCGUGUCGGACAAGGAGAUGGAGAAGGUCAAAGAACUGGCCAAACCCAGGCUGCAGCGAGCCACCAUCUCCAACCCCAUAACCGGUGUUCUGGAGACGGCACACUACCGCAUCAGUAAGAGACGUGCCACGGUGCAUGACCCUCAGACAGGCAAACUGACCACGGCCCAUUACAGAGUCUCCAAGAGUGCGUGGCUCGGAGCGUAUGAACAUCCGGUGGUGGACAAGAUUAACCAGAGGAUCGAGGACAUCACCGGCCUGGACGUCACCACGGCAGAGGACCUGCAGGUGGCUAACUAUGGCGUCGGAGGACAGUACGAGCCUCAUUUCGACUUUGGCCGGAAAGAUGAACCAGAUGCUUUUGAAGAGCUGGGGACAGGAAACAGAAUCGCCACCUGGCUACUCUACAUGAGUGAUGUACAGGCAGGGGGCGCCACAGUCUUCACUGAUGUAAGAGCUGCUGUCUGGCCCAAGAAGGGGACAGCGGUGUUCUGGUACAAUCUGUACCCCAGUGGAGAGGGAGACUAUCGGACCAGACACGCCGCCUGUCCAGUUCUGGUUGGGAACAAGUGGGUGUCUAAUAAAUGGAUCCAUGAGCGAGGGCAGGAGUUCAGGAGACGCUGUGGCCUUCAGGAGAUGGACUGACGACUGACUGAUCCACACUCCUCCUCCUCCUCCUCCUCCUCCUCUCCCUCCUCUCCCUCCUCUCCUUCUUCCUCCUUCUCCUCUUCUUUCUCCUCCUCCUCCUCCUCAGCCAUCAGUUUCCCCUCAUUCUGUGGCUGCUCAUGUGAUCUGACACAUUUAUUUUUAUCUCAACAGUGUGAGUGUGUGGAUGUGUGGUGGAGUUCCACUGAUACUGACUUUUAUAAUCAGGAUAAAGAAUAUUAUAUUAAUAAAAACAUAAUUAAUGAUUAAAACACAUAUCUGUAGCUGUGAUCAGGCAGGACACUUUCAUUUUACUAAAAUCCCAUUAAAUAAUGAGGUAAGUUAAGACAAAUCCAGUUUAUUUCGACUACAAUGUUUUGGUUUCAUUUGAAGACGUCAGUUUUGACUCUGAGAAGCUGUGAUGGUAAAUUGAGAAAACAGUUUUGUAAGUAGGGAAGUCGGAAACUUUUCACUCCACCCCCUGUUAUCUCCCCCCCUCUCGGUCUUGGAGGGGGAGAUAACACCUACCGGGGGGCGUAACCCAGCCUGGCUCUUAACCACCAGUACCAUCUGUGUUGAAGCUAUUUCAGCCUCGAGGUCAUUCACCCGCUGCAGGGACAAACGACAGAUAAACACUGACAUUUAGAGGAGGCACGUUAUGUAUCCUCACCUCCACCACCACCACCUAUUGUACCUCGUCCUCUUAUUCCUUUUAUCUAAACACGACACACUUUAUGUUUUGAUUGUUUUUUCACAGUUUAAUUUGAAUUCUGUCACAUGUUCAGUCAAACUCGGUCUGUAAACAACAUUUCCUCCCCUCUUCAGCUCUGAUCUAACAUCAGAUGUAAAACUCCAGUAUGCUGUGAAUUACAGACAGAUUUACUGGGCAUCAAUUGGCUGAAUCAGCACCAUGUGAACUUGUUUGAAUAUAACAGACUUUCAUCAUAUGUCUGCCUGACACUCCUAAAGAUUUGUCAAUCUCAGACUGAAAGUUGAACUUGUGUCCAAAGUCACUGUUUUUACUUUAGACAGAAUAUUGGACCUGAAAACCUCCAACACUGAUCGAAGAGGCUCAACAUGUACACUGCUUUCUACCAGUGAUCCUGCAAUGCACCACAUUUUACAGAUGCAUAAGUGUCUGAAAUGUUAUCAAGUGAACUAUUUCGUUAUACAGGAAGUAGUAAAAUCUUUGACAGUGUCGUCUUUCACUGUUGUCUUUUGGAGCAAUCAGUAACUGUUUUCAACAUGUGCGUGUUAAGAUUUACUUUUAAAAAAAAAUCUUAAACCUAUCCCCUACCUGUUUGUUGCUCCAUCACUCUUUCAUUGACCUCAGAGCUUUAUCACUGAAAACACAUCUGCCUGGUACACAGCACUUUUAUUUUAUGCAAAGAAAUGUGUAAGUGAAGUAGCACUCCUGUUUAUAUGCGUCACUGGAAUGAUUGUGUUGUUAAAAACAUUUAAGAAUGUCAUGGCUGAUGUGUCCUUUGCUGUGUAAGAUGAUGAAAAAUAUGUUUUUAAUCAAAAUAAAACGUGCUGCUGCAAAGA